AUGUCGUCACCGACACAGAAAGCCGAUUCGUCCUUGAAUAACCUUCCCGAGAGAAAUAACAACGCUUCAUCUGGCACUAUUGGAACUGCAGGUAGUUCAACAAAUCUUAUUGGUACUGGCAAAAGUACGGAUGCAUCGACAUCAUUUGAUACUGUCAACAACGAUACGCAAGAAAAAGCGCCCAUUGAUAAACACGGUGAUUCGUGGGGAGGUGGAAUUCCACAUGUUAAUAAACAGUGCAUAUAG